GUGAACAGUUAAAGUGUACGGUGGCUACGUGUGGGAAAGGGGGUUUCGCUUAUUUUAGUUUGACAUCCUUUGUUGUAUUUAUAGCCAUGUAUAUUCUUAUCUGUAAUCACAUUUUUAAAUUUAUUUUGUUACCGGGGAAUGUUUUAAGCGUUACCGUCUAGAUAUAUGCAUUGUCACACGAAUCCAUGCGCUACGGGAUGUUACUGACGUCUGAUAGCAGUCUUCUAACAGUUUUUCAUUGUCUGCACAGAACACAAACUCUUGAUUAUACGUGUUCAUGGCCAUAUGCUGCUCUGGCUGAGAUGGGAGAGGCACUUCUUGCAUCACAUGGACUACAUAAUCGGCAUAUCUGUUUUGUACGUCAAACAUGCAGUCACCGAAGGAAAAGAGAAUGGACAAGUCCGAGCCUUUCUUCAUGCCCUGUGCACCUAAAAGGAAGAUGAGUUCUGAGAUUAUCAGUGAGGCAAGGCAUUCUUUAAGGAUUUUAAAAACUCAAAGACCAUUUACUCCUAGAGAAGAUCAGCGAAAGCUUUUUGGAACAUCAUCUUCAAGAACUCCUGAAAAUAGACCUCCUUCUGCUUUCAGCCUCCAUGCCUGCAGUUUUGAAAUUAAUGAAUCAAGACCAGUUUCUGGAAAACGUCUCUCCCCUCUUGACCAUAAACCAAAACUAACUGCCUCUCCUAACAAUGAAGAUGAAAUCGUGCCUUCUUUUCCUAAGCCUCCUGUUGAUCCAGUGGAUAUUAAAAGAGUGAGCAGUGCACGUGCACGGCUUUUUAAAGUUGCGUCUCAGGGAACUCUCUUGCCAGAUAAAGCAGUUAACCCAGAAGAUUUCAUAAAGCGACUGCAUUCUGAAUCAUCAGUUGCUGCACUUCACUCUGGAAGGGGAAGAGGAGAUGCACGUUUAUCAGACCUGAAUAUUCAAAAUCAGACAAAAGAGCACAGGCCAACAUCUUCCAGCAAUGUUGUAGGUUCAGAAAUUGAGAAAGGCAUCUUGCCUAAAAGAAGUUCAUCAUCAUCAGCUCUGUUAAAUCUCAGAAAUGAAAGUGAGCAGACUGAAAGGAGUGGACCUACUUUGUGUCCUAGCAAUGGCUCGGAGAAUAAAAACAAAAACAGAUCAGGUUCAGGCAAUGGAUCAAGAACAAGUGAUGAUGAAACAGAGGAAGAGGCAUAUUACUGGAACACAGAAAUCCUGCCUAUUCUGAAUAUAAUAGAAAAAGCAGACAAUGAUACCGAUGUGGAUUGUCUCUGUAAAGCUUGCAUCAGGCUCUAUAAGUCACUAGAAAAUGGGAACAUGCUUGGAAGGAACUGCAAACAGAGGGCAAUUCUUUUGAAAAUCCUGUAUAAACUGGUAGAUGUUGGUUCAGACCAACUCAGUUUGCUUCUGGUCAAGCUAAUUUUAGCACUCAGAGUAACUGGAAAGAACCUUCUCAAUGUCUGCAAGCUCAUCUUUAAAAUUAGCAGGUGUGAGAACAAUGACGUCCUUUUUCAAACUGAGAACAUAUUAGAUUCGUUGCUGGAUGUUCUUAAAUCUGAAGAUAUGUUGUCAAACAGCGAGGCACUUUUAUACUGCUUGGGUGCAAUCAAGUUUCUUUCAGGGAAUGCAAAUCUUAUCAAGUACAUGCUUAAUGAGAACUUAUUAGAAACACUGGUGCAGCUAAUGAAGCACAUCAGUAAUACUGAUAAAGAAAGUGACAGUCUCCUUCCCAUUUCUGGGAAUUUGUUAGUCCAGCUCACUGCUAUUUUAAGAAAUAUAGCUGAUUUGUCACAAUCAAGACCAAGAUUCUUACUCAGUGGUGCUCUUUCUGAACUGUGUGUAAUACUGGAACAAUACAUUGCUGAUAAAGAUGUUUGCACUAAUGUUGCCAGGAUAUUAAGCAAACUCUCAUCCUACAAUGAUUGCUGUACAGCGUUGGCUGACUGUCCCAGAUGUUUCAGCAUAUUCUUGGCAGUACUGAAUAAGCACCAAAAGAAGCAGGACUUGGUUGUACGGAUAGUAUUCACUUUGGGUAAUCUGACAGCGAAGAACAAUCAUGCCCGGGAGCAGUUUUAUAUGGAGGAUGGAGCCAUUAGCACUCUGUUAUCUUUGUUCCAAAUUUACUAUGAGCUGGACUGCUGUAUGAAAAGUGCUUCAGGAAGAAGUGAAAGUGCUGAAGAGGUUAAUAGCAGGCAUCCAAAACACCCAACUGAUGUAGAGGAUGUUCUUAUCAAAUUAAUAAGGGUGCUUGCAAAUAUAUCAAUUCAUCCUAGCUUAGGCACUGUACUUUCCACUAACCAGAACUGUGUGGAUUUGCUCAUAAAAGUAUUAGAGUACAAGCAAAUUGAUGAAUGUGAGGAGUUGGUGAUUAAUGCUGCAGCUGCCAUCAACAAUCUGUCCUACUAUCAAACAAAACAUUCAGCAGUCAGAAGCAGGCAACUACGGAUCUCUGAAUUGCUUCUGAGGUUACUGCUGAGCAAUAAUAUGGAAGGAAUCCUAGAAGCUGCACGAGUUUUUGGCAAUCUCUCCCAGACGAAAGAGAUACGAGAUUUCGUUGUAGCAAAAAAUGUAUACAAAUUCAUGAUUGCACUACUCGAUUCAAAAAAUCCUGAUGUCUGCUUCUCUGCCUGUGGAGUUCUCAUAAAUGUGACAGUAGACAACAAUAAGCGAACUAUCCUGAGGGAAGAAGGAGGAAUUAAGAAAUUAAUUGACUGCUUACAAGACUUUGGGCCCUCAGACUGGCAGCUUGCUAGCCUGGUCUGCAAAACUCUGUGGAACUACAGCGAGAAGAUUACAAGUGCUGCCUUGUGUUUUGGAAACAAAGAGACUGAAAAGCUAAUUGAACUUCUCACAACAUACUUAGAAGAAGAACUAGCAUUGGAUAACAGUUUGGACAAAGAUUUACGAGCAUACCACAAAGUCUGUUGGGAAUCAGAGUUUAUCCCAGUAGCCAGCCAACUUCUGACUAGAGUUCAGAGUCAUGAUACAUUGUUGGAGCCCCUGUCUGUUCCUAGUCAGUAAGGGUUUAUACUGCUUGUUUUUAGAAUGGCACAAGCAAUGCAAGUCGGUCUAUCUGCCAGCUGCUACAUAAUGUAUACACAUUCCUAUUUUGGAAGCAAUGUGGAAUGAGCUGCAAUUUUCCUUAUUAUAUAGUUAUUUUUAUAACUUCAUAAAUAAAAUGGUUUAUUGAUUUGAUAUCAAAUUUAUAAACUAAAAAUGGCUGUAAUGUAAACAACUUGAAAUUAUUUCUGAAUUUUAAUAAAACUUCACUGCACUGAGACAGAAUUUCAUUUAGUUCAGAUACACUAAGUAAUAUGUUUCUAUUAUUUAAUUUGUAAUCUGGAGUAAAAGAUUGGUUCAGCACUAUCA